AUGGCAGCUGCGAAGAAACUCCCCCUGCAGAACAGCAACACCGUCAACAUUGCCCCUGCUGUCCCCCGUGCUCCCCAUAAGACCAUCGAGGAGACCUACCAGAAGAAAUCUCAGCUCGAGCACAUCCUCCUCCGUCCUGACACCUACAUCGGCUCCAUCGAGAAGCACACCCAAACCAUGUGGGUCUACGAGAACGAAGAGAUGGUCCACCGCCCCGUCACCUACGUCCCUGGUCUCUACAAGAUCUUCGACGAGAUCCUCGUCAAUGCCGCCGACAACAAGCAGCGGGACCCCAGGAUGGACUCCGUUAAGGUCACCAUCGACGUGGAGCACAACCUGAUCAGCGUGUACAACAACGGGGAUGGGGUUCCCGUCGAGAUCCACCAGGAGGAGCAGGUUUAUGUGCCUGAGCUCAUCUUCGGCCACCUCCUUACGAGCAGUAACUACGAUGAUUCCGUCAAGAAGACCACCGGGGGAAGGAAUGGUUAUGGGGCCAAGCUGACCAACAUCUUCUCCACGGAGUUUGUGAUCGAGACUGCCGACGGGAAGCGGCAGAGGAAGUAUAAGCAGGUUUUCUCGAACAAUAUGGGUAAAAGAAAUGAACCCACCAUAGUCAAGUGCAAGGAGGGUGACAACUGGACCAAAGUCUCAUUCAAGCCCGAUUUAUCAAAGUUUAACAUGACCCAUCUCGAGGAUGAUGUGGUCGCCUUGAUGAAGAAGCGCGUGGUUGACCUGGCUGGUUGUCUUGGAAAGACAGUGAAGGUCGAAUUGAAUGGAAAGCGGGUUCCCGUCAAGACCUUUGGUGAAUAUGUAGGUCUUUACCUUGCUUCUGCCUCGAAGAAUCGCCCUGAAUCCUCGCUCCCAAGGAUCGAAGAGGCUGUAAAUGACAGAUGGGAAGUCUGUGUAAGUCUUAGUGAGGGGCAGUUUCAACAGGUUAGCUUUGUCAACUCAAUCGCCACAAUCAAGGGUGGAACCCAUGUGGAUUAUGUUACCAAUCAGAUCGCGAACCAUGUUAUGAGUGUUGUAAAUAAGAAGAACAAGAAUGCUAACCUUAAAGCUCACAAUGUCAAGAAUCACCUGUGGGUUUUUGUCAAUGCUCUAAUUGACAAUCCAGCUUUUGACUCCCAAACCAAGGAGACUUUGACACUUCGUCAGAGCAGUUUCGGGUCUAAGUGUGAGCUUUCAGAUAAAUUUCUUCAGAAAGUCGCCAAGUCUGGAAUUGUUGAGACCCUCCUCUCAUGGGCCACUUUCAAGCUGAGCAAAGAUCUUAAGAAAACAGAUGGGUCGAAGAAAGAGAACCUUCGUGGAAUCCCCAAACUUGAGGAUGCUAAUGAUGCUGGUGGAAGGAAUUCUGACAAAUGCACCUUAAUUUUGACUGAAGGAGACUCAGCUAAGGCCCUUGCAAUGGCUGGGCUCUCUGUUGUUGGCCGGGACCAUUAUGGUGUAUUUCCAUUAAGGGGCAAAUUGCUGAAUGUAAGGGAAGCCAGUCACAGCCAAAUCAUGGACAACAAAGAAAUCCAGCAUAUCAAACAGAUCCUCGGACUGCAGCAAAACAAGGACUAUGACAGUGUCAAGUCACUGAGAUAUGGGCAUUUGAUGAUUAUGACAGAUCAGGAUCAUGAUGGUUCCCAUAUCAAAGGAUUGCUGAUUAAUUUUAUCCAUUCAUUCUGGCCAUCAUUGCUGAAGGUUCCUUCAUUCAUGGUCGAGUUUAUUACUCCAAUUGUGAAGGCUACUCAUAAAAAUGGGAGAGAGUUGUGCUUUUAUACCAUGCCAGAGUAUGAGUCAUGGAAGGAAAGUUUGAGCGGUAAUGCAAGCGGGUGGUCUAUCAAGUACUAUAAGGGGUUGGGAACAAGCACAUCAAAGGAGGGGAAGCAGUACUUCCAAGCUCUUAACAAGCACAAGAAAGAUUUUAUUUGGGCUGAUGAGAAAGACGGAGAAGCAAUUGAACUCGCAUUCAGUAAAAAGAAGAUUGAGGCAAGAAAGAAUUGGCUUCGCCAAUUCGAGCCUGGCACCUUCCUUGAUCAGAAGGAGAAGCUCAUAAAAUACAGUGACUUUGUUAACAAGGAGCUUAUACUCUUUUCCAUGGCUGACCUUCAAAGGUCAAUUCCUUCUAUGCUUGAUGGCCUAAAGCCAGGACAGAGGAAGAUCCUCUUCUGCUCUUUCAAGAGGAACUUUGUCAAGGAAGCCAAAGUUGCUCAGUUUUCUGGGUACGUAUCCGAGCACUCAGCCUACCAUCAUGGUGAGCAGAGUCUUGCUGGUACCAUCAUAGGCAUGGCUCAAGAUUUUGUUGGAAGCAACAAUAUUAACCUUCUUGUACCAAGUGGGCAGUUCGGCACUCGCAAUAUGGGAGGAAAGGAUCAUGCGAGCCCUAGGUACAUUUAUACUAGGCUUUCGCCCAUUACACGGUUCUUGUUCCCAAAGGAUGACGACAACCUUCUUGACUACUUGAAUGAAGAUGGUGUAUCUAUCGAACCCACUUGGUUCGUGCCUAUUAUACCCACAGUCCUUGUCAAUGGUAGCGAAGGGAUUGGAACUGGGUGGAGUUCGUACAUUCCGAACUAUAACCCAAGAGACAUCAUAAACAAUGUCAGGCGUUUGCUGAAUGGAGAAAUGAUGGAGCCUAUGGAUCCUUGGUACAGAGGAUUCAAAGGAACAAUAGAGAAAACUGCCACAAAAGAAGCUGGAGAUAGCUACACUGUCCAUGGGAUCAUGGAAGAAAUCAAUGAAACCACCUUGAGGAUCACAGAGCUGCCAAUUCGUAGAUGGACCCAGGAUUAUAGAGAAUUUCUGGAGUCUUUGGUAGUUGGCGAUAAAGAUAAAAACAAGGAGCCAUUCAUAAAGGAAUUUAAGCAAUAUAGUGACGACAUAUCUGUGCAUUUUGAAGUUGCCCUGUCCGAGGAGAACAUGAUUAUAGCAAAGCAGGAGGGUUUGAUGAAGAAGUUUAAACUGACUUCAACAAUUAGCACAAGUAACAUGCAUCUGUUUGAUGCAAAAGGCAUCAUUAAGAAAUAUGACACUCCAGAACAGAUUCUCGAAGAAUUCUUUCCCUUGAGGCUUGGAUUUUAUGAGAAAAGAAAGAAAUUUCUGCUGGACAAUCUUGAAAUGGAAUUGUUGAAGUUGGACAACAAGGUCAGGUUCAUACUAGGGGUUGUGAAUGGAGAGAUCAUUGUGAACAACAGAAAAAGGGCAGAGUUGUUCAUAGAGCUGCAGGAAAAGGGUUUCACUCCUUUCCCAAAGAAAACCAAAAGUAUUGAAGCAGCAAUAGCUGGGGCAUCUGAGGAUUCCGAAGAAACAGAAGAUAACUCCGAGAGCACCGGCUCCAAAGAAGUAAAGGCGAGUGAUUAUGAGUACUUACUCUCCAUGGCUAUUGGAUCUUUGACACGUGAGAAGGUUCAGGAACUUUGUGCCGAGAGGGAUAAGCUGUUGGAUGAAGUUGAAGGUUUGAAAAGUUCAACUCCAAUGGACCUGUGGUUGAAGGAUCUCGAGGAUCUCGAGCGCGAAUUGGAUGAACUAGACAAAAACGAUGCUGAAGCUGAUGCAGCUAGAAAGGUGUCCCAGGCCAGAGCUACAAGUGCAGCUGGUGCCAAGGGUUCUAGACAAGCACCGAAAAACCCUCGUAAAAAUACUAAGAAGGCCACCAAUCUAGAAGCUGUUGGAGAAAAUUCGGAAAUGCCAUCAACCAACAGCUCCUCAGUGGUAACAGAUAAUGCUGCUCCUGUUGCGAAACCAAAAGGCCGAGGAGGUGCAAAGAAGGCUCCUGCUGCUACGAAGCAAAAUAGAAGUGCCGCAGUCUUGGAAGAUGAAGACGACGAUGAGGAACUGCUGGAUCUGAAGGAACGGCUUGCUAGAUAUAACCUCGAUUCUUCCCCCGAGAACUCAGCUGCUACGGAAAAUGAAGGGCCUCAGGUACCAGCAACGAAAAAAGAACCAACCAAAAGAGCUGCCGCAGCGAAGAAGACAGUGAUAACUCUCCUGGAGAGUUCUGACGAAGAGAGCGGGAAGGACAAAGCGGGUGAUGAGGACUUGGAUAUAGAGGUAGAGCCCCCCAAGGGAAAGAAGGGAGGGAAGAAACCAUCUGCAGCAGCAACAAGAAAGAGGGGUCCAGCGAAUAAGACAAUAGCGGCAGGACAGAAACUCUUGACUGAUAUGUUGAAGCCUUCAGAAAACUCCGAUAUUUCACCGGAGAAGAAAGUGAGGAGGAUGAGAGCCUCUCCUUUCAAUAGGAAGAGUAGCAUCCCUACCAUAAGUGAGGAGAGCUUGGGUUCAAAUGAGAGAGAUGAAGAGGCUCCGGUUUUACCAUCAAGAGCAAGGCCGCAGAGAGCGAAUCGCCAGCAGAAGAAAUAUGUGGUGAGCGACUCCGAUACUGAGGAGGAUGUUGCUGACGAUGAUUCCGACUUCAGUGAAGAUGAAACUUCUGAAUGAGUCCCUUCUUCUCGACUUAGCUUGUAAACUUGAUAGGCUUUCUCAGUCAUGAGUAGAAACUCCUCAAAACCUCCCAUUCCAAUAGUAGCCAUGAUAUUGUCUGUCGUGCUGUGUCUAGUUCUGAUCUUCUGAACAUCCGAAUCAACGAACUGCAGUCGGUCUGAAUUUGAGAGAUAAUGACAGUGAUUUUAACUGGUGUUUGCACAAUUAUCCGAAAUUACCGGUGGUUCAGAUUGAGCACCCACCAGAUGUAUCA